GCUAUACCACUCACUUGGCUGAUACGACAACUUAUUAGUGUAUCUAUUCAGAGUUAGUGCAUUUUUUGUAUUUAACAGUUCACUCCGGUAGCCCCUUCACCUGCUUGGAUAUUGAAAAAAAACUAUAUUAUUGAUCAGCGUCAUGGAUGCUUCCAAAGGAUUCUUUGUUUUAACUCUAAUGUACACGUUGGGAACUAUGGUGUCCAUGCAGAUAUGUGACAUCAUGGUGACAAUAGAGAAACAGAAAGAGUCGUGCAUGUCCCAAGCAGAAAACAUGACAUCUGGCUGCACUGGCAUGUGGGACAAAGUGGUCUGCUGGCCCAGUGCCAGGAUAGGACAGGUGGUGACAAUACCCUGCCCCGACUACUUCUCCGAAGUAAACAACAACAACAACAUAGGCAACUUAUCAAAGACCUGCACCACUGAUGGCUGGUCAGAGAUGAGCUCAGACUACUAUGCAGUGAAUUGUGCAUACAACACAAAUGACACAGAAGGUGAAAGCACGGACAAUUUCUUCAGGGCGGUGAAAGCAGGCUACACCAUAGGACACAGCAUCUCUAUCUUCUCCCUCACCAUUGCGAUCUUCAUACUUUGCACCUUCAGGAAGUUGCACUGCACCAGAAACUACAUCCACAUACAUUUUUUUGUUGCCUUUAUACUCAAAGGCAUCGCAGUUUUCAUCAAGGAUGUGGUUUUGUAUGAGGCUGAAGAGUCAGAGUGCACACCUGAAACUGUGGGAUGUAAGGCCGUGGUCAUUUUCUUCCAGUUUGGCAGCAUGGCCAGUUACUUCUGGCUACUGGUCGAGGGCCUCUACCUCCACGCCCUAUUGGCUAUCUCCUUCUUCUCUGAGAGGAAGUAUUUCUGGUGGUACAUUCUUAUUGGUUGGGGGUUACCCACCAUUUUUAUCACAGUUUGGGUAAUCACAAAGGCUUAUUUAGGACACCCUGGGUGUUGGGAGAUGAUAAAUGACCCUCCCUGGUGGAUCAUCAGAGGGCCAAUAUUAGUGACCAUACUGGUAAACUUCAUUCUCUUCAUCUGUAUAAUACGGAUCCUGCAUCAGAAAAUUAAUUGCAGAAAUAUAGGGAGAAAGGAAAAGCAUCAGUACUCCAAAGACAUCCAGCAAAGACAUCCAGCUCUGAGAUAUUGCUAUGAAAUACCCUUCACCUACAGAAGAUGGAGGUUGACGAAGUCCACGCUGCUGUUGAUACCUCUGUUUGGAAUUAACUACAUCAUCUUUGCCUUUAUCCCCGAGGAGGUCAACACCCAAGUCAGAAUGGUCUUUGACCUGAUUCUUGGCUCCUUUCAGGGCUUUGGGGUUGCAGUCCUCUAUUGUUUUCUAAAUGGAGAGGUCCAGGGAGAGGUGAAGCGAAAGUGGGGGCGGUGGCACAUGCAAAGGUUUCUGGGUAAGGGAGACACGAAGUACCAGCACCCCCAGUCUCUGGCGAGCAACGGCAACAACUACAGUACCCAGAUCUCCAUGCUGGCCAAGCACAGCCCUAGCACACACCGAGCGUCAGACAGCCAGGAACACUUCUCUGCAAUCUGAGGCAGGCUGGGUGUCAGAGGGCAACGCAGAGGGCUGUUCUGAAGCUGUGCUCAGGCGGCCAAACGGAGACUCAUUAGCCAUGCACAACGGCAGCAGUGAUCAGGGACACUCAUACACUCUUGAGAUUGUCCAGUUGGUUUCAUAGGCAGUGGGUGGAUAUUUUUGUAUAUCAGCAUAGUAACUAAAACCUCACCUGGCAAUCCAUGAGAUCAAAAAUGUGCACAUUUUUUUUACGGAGCAAAGGGAUGAUUUUGUCAUUUUAGAGGAAAUUCAUUUCUUCACUGUGUAAAUCUGUACCAUAUGCUCUAGCAAAUCCCUUUGUCACACGUUUGACAUCAAAACAAAUGAACAUUCAAAAGGGGCUGUUGAAAGCUUUCCACGCCAGAGGAGUUGGGUAAUUGCAAACAGCUAUUGAACAGGUUUAGUAGUUAGGUUUACUCCAGAUGAUUAGAUGACAGGCAGUGUGAGAGAAAAAGAACUCACAACUGGAAAUAGAAUAGCUAACAAGUGGGAGAGAGAUGUGUGUGUGUGUGUGUGUGUGUUCUGAAACAGCAGUAAGCCGGACUCGAACACAUGCUUAUCAGUAUGUGUGUACUAGAGACACCGCAUGCACAGCUUCCAACAAGACUCAAAGACUGCAUUCAUUCAGGCCUAAUAUGAUUUUGCCACCUAUUCCACUUCUGUGCAGCGUAAAUAUUAAUGUAUCUUGUGCUGUUUUAUUCUUGAUAGCUGGAGUCAGAUAUACUGGCACUUUGUAAUGAAGUGUUUUAUGAAUAAACAAAAGAGAAUUUUGCUGCAGAAGGAAGCAUCCCAUCUGAUCAUACAAAAUACAGCGAUGUGUCCUGCAGCACGACAACGGACAGUGGAAUACAACUUCAAAUGGUUUAUGUGUGGAAGCAGCUGUGUAUAUUUAUGCUAUGUUCCGUAUUCUAAUAGUUGCCAGGGCAAUUAAUUUUCUGCUGUUCCAUUAUGAACUUCCAACAAAGAACUUCAUAUCCCACUCUGUUGGAAGAGCCUUAGAUCUUCCUUUGACUGAGUUCUAAAAUCACAAAGCAAGCGUCAUUUCCCAAACAUAGGAUCAGCUUGGUUAGUGAAAUUAUCGGCUUUAUCAAAUGCCUUGGUAGGUCUAUAAACAAGGAAAUGAAGUGCAGUUUUUCAUUAAAGCAUGAACAAUGUAAUUUACAACCUGUGUGGUUUUAGUAGCUUCCCUGGAUAGUAUGAAUGACCAUUACAAGCCUACAUGUACAACAUAGUAUUUUUUUGGGCCCACACCAUUUCAAAAUUGGAAAAAGUUUUGUUUAAUAUACUUAGUAAAACCAAUUUGCAUGUAUUUCAUAACGUUUUUACUUUGCAGACCAAAUGUCAUAGCAAAAAGAAAUUAGGAUGUCUACGCACAAAGGAUUUUUACUUUAAAUGUAAUAUUAAAAAAAAUCCAUCCAUAGCUUAGUGAUGGAUGCUUAUGCUUUGAAAAAAUAGUUCAAUCGUAAGUGUAGAGACUACAGAGUUAGUUUUGAAAGCACAGUUUCACAGUGCUAUGUAAAACCUUUAGGUCUGUACACUGGAAUCUGGGUACCAAUCUUAAACUGCUAAAACCACCACCAGAUUGGCUGUCCACAAAAUUCUUGUUAAUCAACAUUUAGAGUUAAACGUACCUAUCUAUUCAUUUUCCACUAGAUGUUUAGCCACUGAUGAAUACAGUUUAGUGUGGGAAAAUAAAUUGUGUGUUUAAAUAUACAGUAGCUGGAUAGCAUUCAAGACCAAAAGCUUAUUUUCCUCUGAAUUGAUGAGUGACAUUGAAGCACAGAUGUUUUUAAUUCAGACUCUGAAUGCAUAGUUUGUUGUGCAUUAACUCACUCAGUUGUUUAGUAUUUCUCGUAAAUCCCCCUAAAAAUUAUAAAAUAAACUGCAGUUCUUAAAUGAUGUGUGUUUCAAUGUUCACUCUGCUAGAUGAAUAAGUUAGAGAAUCAGUUAGCAUAUCAGCGGCAGUGAUGGAGAUCUGAAAUGGUCAAAGCUGCCCUCUCUGAGUUUACAAGUUACAAGAUCUUAUUUUAUCUGUGCAGACUUUCCUAAACUGUGUUUCUGUGACCUUUCAGUGGGAGUGUGGUUUAUCUUGUUAUAUUCCAGUGUACAUACACACUGCCAUGUUAUGGAGUUGUUCAAGCUAUUGUACAGUACUGUCUUAUCAUGUUAUAUUUUAUUGUGGUUAUUUACAGUUCUCAGGUUUUGACUGGAUUUGAAUGUUUACAUUAUAUUAUGUAAGUUAUUUUCAUGUCAUUAUUUUAAAGUUAGUGUGUGUUCUUUGUUUGCCAGUUGGGACGACUGAUUUAAUAGAAUGUUUUGAACAUUCCUACAACCACCAUACACAGAAGAGUUUGAUUUUGUUUAUUGUAAAAUAAUCAAGAGUUUUGUAAAUAUUGUGUAAUUCUGCAUUUUGGUUCAGUUUAAGUUAUGUUCUAGUAAAAACUGAAGCAAUGAAAAAAUGUUGUUCAUCCUGUUAGAAACAUCUGCUUUCUUCAGUCCAAACAUUUCCUACCAAGAAAAUGUUUGACAAAAUGAAUAGAUUAAUGAUGUAAGUUCCUCUUGUUUUAAGAAGGUGGCGCACCAAUCUGUGCCUGAAAACCUAUUGUAGUCCACAUAAUUUCCUACUCUUUUUGUGUACUUUCUACAUUAGGCCACAGUACACUUAACCUGUUAUUGAAUGAACAAGCCAAGCCUGGAAUCAACACUGAAACUUUUAAUCAUUGUGAAACUGAGUGUAGAUUCUGGGAAUGAUUAAUGUACUUCUCCAUAUCCAUCUUUAUCUGUGUGUGUGUGCAUGUGCAUGCGUGCGUGCGUGUGUGUGCCUCUCCCUCACUCUUUCCCUCUCUGAGAAUUGGAAAAGCCUAUGAUCAUAAAGCUGUUAGCAAAGCCACAUGAACCAUCUCCUCUUAUCAUCUCUUACCUAAGGAAGUCACUGACAAACCAAUGACCAACCAAUGACCAACCAAUGACAAACCAAUGACCAACCAAUGACAAACCA